AUGGAAGCUAUAGUAAAGAACGCUAUACAGCAAUUUUGGGAAGAAAAUAACAUCUUGCAGGAUUUUCAACAUGGCUUCCGGAGAGGACGUUCCUGCCUCUCAAAUCUGCUAGCUUGUCUGGAAAUCUGGACCAGGGCUCUAGAAGAGGGUUUUGAGGUCGAUGUCGUAUACAUCGAUUUCCGCAAAGCUUUUGACACUGUCCCACACCAACGUCUUCUUCACAAAUUGAGCGACAUCGGCAUCCGGCGAGAUCUUCUGAACUGGAUUAGGGCGUUUCUGGUUGGUCGGAAACAACGUGUCUGUAUCGGGGAUGACAUGUCAGAAUGGGUGAAUGUGACCAGUGGUGUGCCGCAAGGCUCAGUUCUUGGACCAUUGCUCUUCAUCCUUUACGUUAACGACAGCCUCCAGGAAAUCGACGGCGGCAAAAUAAUGUUUGCAGACGACGUUAAGCUCUGGCAAGUCAUUAAGGGUCCGAAUGAUCAGAGAUUCCUUCAAGAUAAUCUGCACCGACUGCAAGCGUGGUCGAAGAAAUGGCUUCUAGAUUUCAAUGUGGAGAAGUGUGCCGUCCUUCAUCUGCGUCCAACCAACUCUCAUUCAAAUGAGAGUCUGAGGACUUAUCACCUGAAAGAUAUAAGGCUCCCCGCAGAAUCUUCACAGAAGGAUCUCGGGGUGUGGAUACAGAACAACCUGAAACCAACACUGCAGUGCCACAAGGUUGCAAAAAACGCCAUGGGAGUGCUGCAUGCAAUAAAAAGGGCUUUCGUAAAUUUUGACCAAGACCUUUUUGGGAGAGUUUACGGCACAUUUGUUCGGCCCCACUUAGAAUAUGGCAUACAAGCAUGGCGGCCAUGGCUGCUAAAGGACCAAGAAUGCCUCGAACGGGUACAACGGCGUGCAACAAAGCUGGUAAACGGUCUAAAAAGCCAUUCCUACACAGACAGACUGAAUUGCCUUAAUUUAUUCCCUCUGUGUUACAGGCAGCAAAGAGGCGAUCUUAUCCUCGUCUACAAGAUAAUACAUGGCCUUGAGUAUGGACUUAAAUUUGAGGACAUGUUUCAGUGGCAUCUUUCACCCAAUCUUCGUGGUCACUCGAUGAAGUUACGGACAACAAUGUCCAGGCUGAAUCUCCGUUCUGAAUUUUUCACGCAGAGGGUAGUGGAGAAAUGGAACGAUUUCCCUCAGUCAGUCGUGGAGGCUACAUCCCUGCAACUCUUCAAGAAACGCUUGGAUGAUUAUUUGUGUCCCCUGUUUUCCCUCGACGGUCUGAAUCCGAACUAA